AUGACAAGCGGUGCGCCUCAGCCGAGCUGGACCUCACCCAUUCCGCUACUGCCUGACUCUCGUGGUGGUUCUCUCUUUGAGAUAGUUCGGCAAAGCCACACGCCUGCAACAGAUAAUAUCCUUUCCAAGAUGGACGACUACAAGAUGUCGUUCAAGAUCACAGAACAGGGGAAUUACCAAGGUCCAGAUAGAGAGCACGAGCUCCAUAGAUGGAUCCUGUUAGUUCCGCUGACAGAUGCUCAGUUGAUGCGACAGCGCCCGCUAGACCGUAUACAGGGUCUUACUUGGAACAGGAUUCAAGUUAUCGAGUCAGCAUUCUAUGUCGCAAGCCAUCUUUCCCAAUGUAUUGGGAAUUUUGUGAGCCCGCUAAACGUCAAAGGACUUAGCGAGGAACAGCCAGAGAUACCGUCCGUUGAGUUUCUGACAUUGAUGUUGAAUGAUCUCGGGGGCGACAGAUUCGGAUCCUUUGUAUUGGAUUACUUCAAACACGUGUCUCGAUCAACACUUAAGCAGAUGGGACUGUCACUUCUUCGCAAGACCGCGUCUCCCCAGGAGACUCUCCUCUACACGGUCUGCGUCAAUUCAGUGGCCUACAAGUUCAUAAAUUGUCUGUUGAUGAAUGAAGAAGACGAUGAGCUUUCCCAGAUGCUACGGGAACGCGCUGUGAAGUACAAGCGAACGGCCCAGACUGCGUUGAGGAGGAUACCCCUCGUGACUUCGCCUUCACUUGCUCUUUUGCAGGCCACCCUUUGCGGCAUUUUCCUAUGCCAGGGGUCAGGCGAGACUCAGCUGUGCUGUGAUUUGACACGUGUUGCCUGUAGAGUUUGCGUCGAUCUUCGCCUCCACGCAGCCGUCAAUUGGCAAGGUGUAACUGAAGAAGAGUAUUACUGUGCCAUGUGGUGCUAUAUGCUUGACAGGAACUAUGCCUGGAAGCUUGGAAGAUCCGGCUAUUUCCUCAAUGUUGAACCAAGCAUCGAUGAUGCUCCAGUCUCCGAGCUUUUCUCAAUUUACAUGGAGCUGGCGCAUGUACAGAGUGUGCUGAUUCCCUUCCUUAAUGAUGAAUCUUCCUUGGACAGAGAAACUGCAGGCCAGUCCUUUAGUCAUGCACGAAUCCAGCUAUUUCUGAAAAUGGAUGGAAUUCGGGGCAAGAUAGAUCAGAUCUCGUCUCCCUCGCCUCGGUGGAAAGGCCUGGAUGUCCGCUCCGAAGUCGCGGCGCUCGAUUUCGGCUAUCAUUCCAUCAUGACCACCAUUCUCCAUUUAGCCCAAGUGAACUCGGAUGAGAUCCAUGGUGCUGGAGAGCUUUACCUUCAGUCAGCGCGCCAGGAGCUCUCGGCCCUGCUAUGUCUGUGUCGACCAAGCGACCAGCAAAGGACUGCCGCUUUUCUGCAUUGGUCAGUCUGCUCCCUCCCGCGCAUUUGGCAUGUUUAA